GCAGGAACCAAACCCAGGACUCUGGUCCGCGGGCUGACGCUCUAACCGCUGAACCAAACCGGCCAGGGCUCCUUCCAGUUUCGUUAUCUGUAAAACCGAAUUGACAAUUCCUAGAGCUGGUGGGGGAAUUAAAAGCAAAGGCAUGGAAGGUGCCCCGCGGGGCCCAGCACGACUCAGCCGGCGUCCACGGAGGCUGCUCUGCUCAGGCGCCAACAGGAGCCAGAUGUGCUUUCCAUUCUCAGACUUGUCUGUCGCUGUGACACAGUCUUCUCAUAAUAAGACUGUUGUCAAGAGGAAAUGAACCAGGAGAGGAAACAGCAGGGCUCUCUCAGCCAAGUCCCACAAACUUCUGCAUCGACACCAGCCGUCCUCCUUGGACCAGUCACCGUGAUCCAAAGCUACAGUCCCUGCCGCCAGGGACAAGUUUAGAGAGAGACUGACUGAGAGCAGUCCGAGGAGCUGUGGACGCAGAGCCACGCGGUGGGCUUAGGUGCCUCCCCAGGUGCCACGGGAGCAGAGUCAGCAGGGGACAGUGGACUGUGGGGGAAGAUGCAGGCGGGCUUCUCAGAGGAGGUGACGCCAGAUCUGGGCUUUGAAGGAUGAGCACGAUUUUUCUAGGUGGCAGAAGCAAGUGCUCCGAGUGGAAGGACUAAGUUAAGCAAAUGUCUGGAGACCGCACGGGUGUGGUCUUCAAUGGUAGCAGGUACGCAAAGCAACCCAGGUAUGCAAUGAGCCUCGGGUGGGUUCGGGACCGUGCUCCUUGCUGGUGACAGAAGGGAACCUUUGCGCCUGGUUUUGCAGACACAGCCGGUAAAUAAGCUGCACCGCCGAGAACAACUGGGUCUCGCUCCAGGUCAGCCGGGAGAUUCUUGGGUGAAGCAACACGCCCUCCCAGCCGGGCACAGGCUGGUGAGCCGAGGGAACGCGGUCCCGCGGCGGACACCAUGGCCUCAGACGCUGACGAGCUCAGCCCAAGUGAGAGCAAAGCCUUUCUUUAUGCCAUUGAGUUUUUGAUGGACCCGAGGGACACAGAGAAACUGCAACAGCUGCUCAAUGAGGAAACCUGGGGGGGACUUGUGGCUGCAGUCAGUUUGUCCAGGGAUGAGGCAGAUGAGCUAUAUGCAGACUUGAGCCGGCUGAAGAGACUGAUGGCCACGGAGGACAGAGACAUGCCCUCGAAAGACCAGCUGCACAGGGAGCAGUUUCUGAGCGAGUUUCGGCAGGUACAACAGAAGCUUGAAGAGCGCAUAGGGAUGCUCUACGCCCUCGCAGACCAGGUGGACAAGAUGCACAGGGACUGUACCAUCUCCAAAGUAGUGGCCACGUCCACCAACGUUGUGUCUGGCAUUCUGACCAUCGUCGGCCUGUCUCUGGCACCUGUGACGGCAGGGGCUAGUCUGGUGCUUUUGGGAACUGGGCUGGGACUGGGGGUCGCAGCCUCUGUGACCCAUGUGUCCACCAGCAUCGUGGAGCACUCCAAGAACGUGUCAGCGAAGGCUACAGCCAGGCGCCUGGUGUCAGGCGACAUGGACUCAGAGAAGGUGGUCACAGAGGUCCUCCGUUUCAGCACACCCCACGUUGCUUCCUUGGCGAAGAAAUGUGUCGCGUCCCUGCUGGCCCUGGUGAGCAACGUCCGUGCCCUCAAGCUGGCCAAAUCCAACCCUGUCUUAGCAGCCCAGGCCAACUUGUUCAUGAAGACGGGGGUGGCCACGACCUGGAGCAGCGAGCAGCUGCAGAAGGCAUUUGGAGGCACGGCUCUGGCGAUGACCAAAGGGGCCAGGGUCUUCGGUGCAGCCACUGCGGGGCUGUUCCUUCUGCUGGAUGCGAUCUACCUGGUGAAGGAGUCGGUGCACUUGCAUAAGGGCGCAAAGGCGCAGUCGGCUAAAGACUUGAGAGAGCAGGCCCGGGAGCUGGAAAGUAAGUUGAAGAACCUCAGCAACAUUCACAAAAUCCUGCAAGAGGAACGGAUCCCCUGAUCCCCAGACCGCGCAGGGAGCAGGGACGUGUGUGGGACAAAAGCGUGGAGGUGACUUCUUAGAGGGAAAAGGAGGGCGCGAUACAGCUGGUGGAACUGGUGUCGAGGAGUUUGGUGCUCCUGUAGCUGAGCACAGCCAGGGAGGGGCUCAUGCAGGUGGGCCAGCGAGACGGACGGAACCUGGAGCCUGGAAGAAGGGACAGGAGAGCGAGGAGAAACUUCAUUUUGGACCAAAAAAGACAUUGGGGUCAUGAAUAAAGGGAGUGACAUGGAGGAACAAGCAGUGAGAAGGCCAGAAUGACUGAAAAGUGAAAAUGAGAGAAAACCAAGGGGUGGAAUGGUUGGACGGUGGAGGUGACUGCCCCUCGGUUGGCCCUCCCGUGGUUGGCGUCUCUCCCUGCUUUCCAGUUCCAACGCGCCCGUGUCUUCCAGCAGGUUUCUCUGAGUCAGGCAGUGACUUCUUUUUUAAAAAACACUUUAUUCUUUUCAAUCACACUUGACAUACAAUAUCAUAUUAGUUUUAGGUAUACGAUAUAGUGAUUAGAAAGUGAUCACCCGGUAAGUCUGGCACCCAUAUGACCCCAUUUACGGUUAUUACAGUUUUAUUGACUGUAGGUGGUGACUUCUUGAUGAUGCUGAUGAUGAUGGGGGGGUGUGAUGGUGGUGGUGAUGAUGUUGCUGUGGGAGGGAUGACAGCGGAGCGGGUGGGACAUCGGACACGUUGCUGGUGCUCUUUGGGACCAGGGUGCUCCAAGAGACCAUUGAACAUUCCAGAGGAACGCCAAGCGCCGUGUUGGAACAGUGGUUGAUUUGAAAAAAGAAAGAAACCCGACGCGGGCAGCCAGUCUACCAGAGUGGGCCAUGGGGCACGGCCUCUCCGUCAGUCUGCGGGGGUGGGCGCUGGACACGGUGAUCUUUUAUUUUCUUUUUACUUUUUAAAUCCUCACCUGAGGAUAUUUCUUCAUUUAUCUUCAGGUAGACUGGGAAGGAGGGAUGGAGAGAGAGAGA